GGUGCGGACGCAAAAGGUUUUGAGCUGGAUUAUGGCCAGUCUUCAGAGAACUCUGACGUCUCCCAUUCAAACAACAGAAUUUCAUUGGAUACGCCAAAACGUCUGAAGCUGUUGAGUAGAACAGAACUAAAUCACGAACGUAAAACAGAACACCACCUCCUUCUAGUUGCACGUGACAACUGCGAAACUGGAAGUGCGAGGCAUUCGACCCAACUUCCGAUUUUCGUCUUGGUGCGGGAAGUCAAUGAGUAUGCACCGCAAUUUAAUCUGGGUGUGUCUGAAGCAGACAAACAGAACAACCAUCCGGACUUGUUUCGGGACAUGGCACGAUAUCACUCAUCUGUUCUCCUGGAGUGCUUAAAGAACGCAUCUAGUAAUUCGUUUCCAAAGUUGGCAAUCGACAUUCCGGAAAAUAUGCCAGUUGGUAGUCGAAUAUACCGUGUCGUCGCAACUGACAAAGACGUCUAUAUGGAUGGCGACGUCGGGAAGGGGGCCGGUGCAGAGCGUCGAUCAACCGAGUAUUCACUAGCUAGUGGAACCGACUUGAAAAUCAGACGUUACUUUCGUGUAGGCACGGCAGAUGGUUGGAUUACGCUCAUUCAUCAGAUGGACUACGAAACUGGACCAAAAAUGUUUGAAUUCCAGAUAAUCGCUACAGACGCUGGGAGACCAGUGAGGACAAGUACGCUAGGAAUUGUCAUUCGUACGAUUGAUGUGAACGAUGAGGCACCUAUUGUGGAAAUCCGGGGAAUCACACCACUGACCAAACUAAACACCGCAUCUCCGGGGACUUUGUUUGGAGGUUCGUUCACAUCACGGUUUCACGUACUUACCGUCAAAGAGAACCUGCCAUCUGGAACGUUCGUUGCCAAGAUAUCCGCGUCAGAUCGUGACAAGGGUCCAGCGGGCGACGUCGCCUGCCGACUCGACGAACCUCCAGUUAUGAUGAUGAAAACGCCGACAGAUCAAACCAGUUUCGUGAAUACUCUUAGCAAGCAGACUUCUUUCAUUCUAAAACCUGCGUCCAGUAAAGAAAUCACGACCAGCCUAAAUGCACCGUCCUCAAAUUUUGCUGCAGAACCUAACCCAACCGGUCGUCGAAGCGCUGAUUACGUGCUGGUCACUAAUCGCUUAUUGGAUCGUGAAGAUCAAGAGGUCUAUCUGCUCGCUGUCAUCUGUCAUGAUCACGGUGACUCAGGGGAUGGGUCAUCUGGACUUCAGGUUAGAAAACUACACGAAGCGCGACGGCUGUCAUCAACUAGUCUGGUCAAAAUUUUUGUUCUAGACGAAAAUGAUAACGGACCACGUUUCGUCUCGCACAAUCAGAAUAUCCAAGUACCAGAGAACACCGUACAUGGGACACGUUUAAUUCAGCUCAAGUCCAUUGAUAAAGAUGCACCUGGACCGAAUAGUCAAACGUUUUAUCGGUUCGCUGAUCAUAAUGAUCUUACGGGCCAAAACAACACUGAUUUUGAUGGUAAAACUUUUAGGAACCAUUUUGAAAUUGAAGAGUCAACAGGAUGGAUACGGGCUGGAAAGUUGCCACUGGAUCGUGAAACACAUGACUCCUGGCGUAUCCCAGUAGUUGCAUUUGACGCUGAGUUCCCAAACCGUACGAAUUUAGCAUGGGUUAAUGUGAAAGUAAGUGACGUGAAUGACAAUGUCCCAAGACUGGUUAGCAACACAACAUUCUGGAUUGAGGAGGAGAUUGGGACUGGGCCAUCUAUUGCAAACUACCAAUCAACAUGGUAUACCAACAGGCAGAUAUUUGUUGGACACCUGAAAGCUGAAGAUGCUGACUUGAAUGACAGUGGACGAGUGACUUUCAGUUUACCCGAUGCACAAAAUGAUUCGGCGUGUAAUCUGCGCUGGUUUCUUCGCUCGGAUGGGAAUUUGUUUGUCUACCCUGGUGCUAAUGCUACCAUUGACAGAGAACAACAAGAUGUUUACUUCCUUCCGGUUGUUUUACGGGAUCACGGAAGUAAUGUAUCACUUUCCUUCUCAACAACACUCACAGUGAAGGUUUUGGACAAAAAUGACAAUGCACCCAGUUUUGUCAGACCACCAAGCAGCAGGAUAGAUUCAUUCUUAACUGAUCAGACCUCAGUAUUGCCUUAUCGAUCGCCUGGAUCAAUGCUGCCAGUAGCAACUCUAAGGUUACCCGAAUCAACCAGUCCAGGGACAGUAGUAUAUACUGCCCUCGCCACGGAUCCCGAUGACGGUGAAAAUGGUCGCGUAAUCUAUUCACUAGAAGUCUAUCUGGGGGUAUGGCAAUUGAUGAAUUCUAGAAAACCGUCUUUGAAUCAGACAAACAUGUCUUCCAACAACCAAUAUUUUGUUAUUGAUCGUAGCUCGGGAGAGGUUCGUUUGAAUCAGCGAUUACAUGCGUCUGAUCUCAACAGACCAGAUAAAUUUGUGAUUUUCGCGGAAGACUGCGGAACCCCGGCGAAGCAGAGUUAUGCAUUUCUCCAUGUGGAAAUUGAAUCUAAAUUGGCCGAGAGCGUUGCAACAUCCAAGAGCGGUUUAUCAAAAUUGGUCAGUCCCAACGGACCAGCAGUUUACAAUGAAUCGGACAAAGGUCGUCGCAAUAAACUUUCGUCAAAUCAACGCCCGGAAGAACAUAUGCACACUGGUGCAUCGCUGGUAACCGAGAGACGAAGACCUGGAUUUAGUCUCGUGGAUAACCCUCCAUACAGGCAGACAUCUAGUGCAAUAAUAGCUUGGAAUUCAGAGCUUGUCACUGGUCUUGGUAUCGGGUUGCUGAUAGUAAUCUUACUAUGUCUCCUAUUGCUGGUUACGUACGCACUUCAUGGGACAAAACUUAUGCCAAAUCGCCUUCGGAGGCCGGCAGGCAGCACACACGGAUUUAAGUUGGGAAAGAUACCGAUAAGACCUAGAAAGCUUUCUGACACCAGCACAGACAAGGCCAAGAGAAUUUCUUCUAGCAACAAUCAAGGUACGCUUUUUAUAUCUUGA